ACAGUCAACUAAAUAGCAAGCAGCUGACUGUUUCCUCGUUUGUGUCAGUAUGGCUUUUCAAACGUUGCUCCUGUGUAAAGUAAGCGUAUUUUUGCUGUUGUGUCUCUUUGCCGUUGGACAGGGGCAGUCUAAGUUGUAUAAGGGAUUCACAAAGUUUAACCAGGUGCAGGAUAACAAGCAGGGAGACCUGUUCGAGGAGCAAUGGUUCAUACAGAAGCUGGAUCACUUCAAUGGUGCAGACAGCAGAGUGUGGAAGCAAAGAUACUUUGUGAGUGAUGCCUUCUACAAAGCUGGUGGUCCAGUGUUUCUGAUGAUAGGUGGAGAGGGCCCAGCAGCACCAGCAUGGAUGCAGUACGGCACCUGGAUCACCUAUGCUGAGAAACUGGGAGCACUCUGCCUGUUACUGGAGCAUCGUUUCUAUGGAAAGAGCCACCCGACAGCGGACCUCAGCACAGCAAACCUGCAUUUCCUCAGCAGUCGUCAGGCGUUGGCUGAUCUGGCACAUUUCCGCACCGUGAUAGCAGAGGCCCGAGGACUGGCCAACAGGAAGUGGGUGGCGUUCGGAGGGUCGUACCCAGGCUCUCUAGCUGCUUGGUUCAGGCUGAAGUACCCUCACCUGGUUCACGCCGCUGUGGCCACCAGUGCCCCUGUUCAUGCUAAAGUCAACUUUCCAGAGUACUUGGAGGUUGUGUGGCGUUCUCUGGCCUCAGAGAACGCAGAGUGCCCAGUGCUGGUGAAAAAGGCCUCAGACAUCCUCGUGGAACGCCUGAAAGACCCCAGAACCUACGACAACAUCACCAAAGACUUCAACUUGUGUUCCAAACUGCAGAACCUGACAGAGAUGGACUCGGCCUACUUCCUGGAAACGCUGGCUGGCAACUUCAUGGAAGUGGUCCAGUACAAUGAAGACAACAGGGGGUUUGAGGGUGCGAUUGGCAACAACAUCACAAUCAAGGUGCUGUGUAGCGUGAUGAGUGACGUUUCACUGGGAGAUCCUUAUGCCCGAUAUGCCGCUGUGGCCCGCCUCAUGAUGGACACCUUCUCUAUUAAAUGCCUGAACAUCAGCUUCAGUACCUAUGUUAGAGAAAUGACUAACACAUCCUGGGAUGGUCCAGCUGCAGGGGGAGGGAGACAGUGGGUCUACCAGACCUGCAGUGAAUUUGGAUUUUACCAGAGCACUGAUUCGCCCAACCAACCAUUCACCGGCUUCCCUCUUGCGUAUCAGGUGAAACAGUGUGCACUCUUCUACAAUAUCAGUGCAGAGCAGCUGGCAGAGGCUGUGGCACAGACUAAUGAGUAUUACGGCGGCUAUGACAUCCGCUCCAGCAGGAUAGUUUUCCCCAACGGCUCCAUUGACCCCUGGCACGCCUUGGGGAUCACCCAGGACAUCUCUCCUGACCUGCCUGCUGUUUUCAUCAAAGGAACAGCUCACUGUGCCAACAUGUACCCAGCCAGGGGAGAAGAUCUCCCACAGCUGUCUCUGGCCCGUGACCACAUCUACGUACUCCUCCAGCAGUGGAUGAAGCAGUAACUAUUAAGGAAGUCAAUCAGUGACUUUGCAAAUCAAACGUAUAAUUCUGGAUCACUGAUGCUGGAACAUGAUUAUUUUGCUGCCAAAUUUAUCGCUUCUUGAAAUGACAUUUUGCACAAGCAUCUGUAGGUACAAAAUUCAGGUAUUUUAAAGGGAAUGUAUUGUGCUUUUCCUUAUUUCCUGCCAUGUAUAUAAGGUUAGAAAGUCAGAUGUUGAUAUUAAAUGUGGUCAAAGGUUUCUAACUUUUUUUUUUUUUUUUAACUUUUGUUUUCCAAUUUGGCUGGCAUUUGUGCGUCACAGAGGUCUUAUACAGUGUUCUGUUCAAAGCACAGCACUGCCAUGAUGUCAAACUACUGUCUACUUUCUAAAUGUAUGUGAAUGAUCUAGCAAAAGAAUAUACAAAUAACCAAAGUUGCAGGGAAAUAUUAUACAGCUGUUUGCUGACAGCACAAUAGCAUUGUUGUUCUUGCUGCGUUACUGUUAUUCAUUUUGGCUUAUUUUUGCAGCAGCAGAUGCUUUUCAUACCAGUUGGCAUACCCAUCUACAGGCCUAUAUAUAGAAAAUGUUUCUAUAUCACUGUCCAUGAAAGACUGAAUGUACCAUUAUGUCACACCAUAAACCGCUAACAAGCACAUAUUUGCCAAACAGAUGUUCUGCUAUAAUAUUUGUUGCUGUAGGUGUUCGUAUCGUGCACUCCUCAUAUUCUAGAUCAAAUUUAUACUCUAUAAAUUAAGACGUUGUCAUUUUCAAUCAAGAAUGAAAACUUACGCCACUUAGCAGGUUUACAGUUUGCUUUCAGAACUUGCACCAUGGCAAGCACUGGGGUGCUGACUUUAGGCAGGCUUCCAGAGGCCGUCCAAUCAGAAGAAAGUGGGCGUUUUGAGAGGGGGCCCUUACAGUAACACAAGACUCAAGUGCUACUAAAAUAACAGGAUUGAAUUAAAGAUUUUUUUUAAACUGUGAAUUGUGCAAAGCUACUAUAUGAAGUCCCAGAAUGUAAAUACAGAAUUGGAAAUUGGCGUCUUAUGUCUCCUUUAAAUGAAUGACACACUUUUGAGCUGAUGAAUAAAGAUACGUUUAUGAUUUUCUGCA